UUUAUUUUUACAUUUUAGGGAACUACUAGGAUUUGGUAUUUUCUUAUUCUUUCCUGUUGGAUACUCUAUUUGAAGGAGGGCAGCUUGGUAGCCCCAUAGCCUUUUCUAAUGUGGCAAGAAGCGAUGAGAAGACGCCGCUAUUUCCUGGACAGAGCAGAAGAUGUGGCUAUUAGACAAGAGCAGCAAAAGUCAAGGGACUGGCUUUAUGAGUCCUAUUACUGCAUGAGCCAACAGCACCCACUGAUCGUGUUUCUGCUGCUCAUUGUUAUGGGAGCCUGCCUGGCACUGUUGGCUGUCUUCUUUGCUUCUGGUCUGGCAAUUGAAGACCACGUGGCAUUUGUAAUAACAGUACCAACAGCUAUAGCUAUUUUCUUUGCUAUAUUUGUCCUGGUCUGUAUAGAAUCAGUCUUCAAGAAGCUUCUCCGUGUGUUCUCUUUGGUCAUCUAUAUAUGUCUGGUUGCUAUGGGAUAUCUUUUCAUGUGUUUUGGAGGUAUCAUAUCACCCUGGGAUCAGGUAUCCUUUUUUUUAUUCAUUAUUUUUGUGGUGUACACCAUGCUUCCAUUCAAUAUGCGAGAUGCAAUAAUCGCCAGUGUUCUGACCUCAGCAUCCCAUACAGUAGUGCUUAGCGUUUACCUAUCUACUUCAGGAGAUGGGAAGGACCAUUUGGUGUGGCAGAUACUGGCAAAUGUGAUUAUUUUUAUCUGUGGCAACUUGGCAGGAGCUUACCACAAGCAUCUAAUGGAACUAGCUUUGCAGCAAACAUAUCAAGAUACUUGUAAUUGCAUUAAAUCCCGCAUUAAACUGGAGUUUGAAAAACGCCAGCAGGAACGCCUUCUUCUUUCUUUACUGCCUGCUCACAUUGCAAUGGAAAUGAAAGCAGAGAUUAUUCAAAGAUUACAAGGACCUCGGGCUGGCCAACUAGAAAAUACUAAUAAUUUUCACAAUUUGUACGUGAAGAGGCACACCAAUGUAAGUAUCUUGUAUGCUGAUAUUGUUGGGUUCACUCGAUUGGCCAGUGAUUGUUCCCCAGGAGAGCUAGUGCACAUGCUGAAUGAGUUAUUUGGAAAGUUUGAUCAGAUUGCCAAGGAAAACGAAUGUAUGAGAAUCAAAAUCUUAGGUGACUGCUAUUACUGUGUGUCUGGACUGCCAAUCUCUCUUCCAAAUCAUGCUAAAAACUGUGUCAAAAUGGGAUUGGAUAUGUGUGAAGCCAUAAAAAAAGUAAGAGAUGCCACCGGAGUUGACAUUAACAUGCGAGUUGGUGUACAUUCUGGAAAUGUACUUUGUGGAGUUAUUGGUUUACAAAAAUGGCAGUAUGACGUAUGGUCACACGAUGUUACUUUGGCAAAUCAUAUGGAAGCUGGAGGAGUUCCUGGCCGUGUUCACAUUACUUCGGUCACACUGGAACACUUGAAUGGUGCUUACAAAGUAGAGGAUGGUGACGGGCAUAUAAGAGACGCAUAUCUGAAGGAAAAUGGUGUGAUAACUUACCUUGUUAUAAACCCAAAGGCAGAAAGACGAAGUCCUCAGCACCACUUCAGACCCCGUCAUACCUUAGAUGGAGCAAAAAUGAGAGCGUCUGUCCGGAUGACACGAUACUUGGAGUCGUGGGGAGCUGCUAAGCCAUUUGCUCAUCUGCACCACCGGGACAGCAUGACAACCGAAAAUGGCAAGAUUAGUACCAUAGAUAUGCCCAUGGGUCAAUAUCAUUUCCAGCGUCGAACUGAAAGAACUAAAUCACAGAAAAAGAGGUUUGAAGAAGAAGUAAAUGAAAGAAUGAUUCAAGCUAUUGAUGGCAUAAAUGCACAGAAGCAAUGGCUGAAAUCUGAGGAUAUACAAAGAAUAUCAUUAUUGUUCCAUAACAAAACGCUUGAAAAAGAAUACAGGGCGACUACACUGCCAGCCUUCAAGUAUUAUGUGACAUGUGCGUGUCUUAUAUUUUUCUGCAUCUUCAUUGUACAAAUUCUGGUAUUACCAAAAACAUCUACUCUUGGAAUUUCCUUUGGGGCUGCAUUUCUGUUAUUAGCAUUCACUCUCUGUAUAUGUUUUGCUGGACAACUCUUGCAAUGCAGCAAAAAGGCAUCGGCUUCAUUUUUGUGGAUUUUAAAAUCAUCGGGAUUAAUUUUGAACAGACCGUGGCCUAGAAUUACUCUUACAGUGACAACUACCACAAUAAUUUUGACUAUGGCAGUGUUUAACAUGUUUUUCCUGGAUGACUCUGUUACAAGUAUCAGCCCAGCAUCCAACUGGUCCAAUGAAAGUGUACCUGAAUCAACAGAAGGAAAGCAAUGGCUUGUACAAAAUAACUAUUUUUUUCUGCCCUACUUUAUAUACAGUUGUAUUCUUGGAUUUGUUUCUUGUUCUGUCUUCCUACGGAUAAACUAUGAACUGAAGGUGACAAUCAUGCUGAUUGCACUUGUGGUUUACAAUGUCAUCCUCCUUCAUACACAUGCACCUAUGCUUGAAGCCUACAGCAGGUACCUGUAUGCAACCGUAUCUCUAGAAAGGCCUGGUGUACUAAAAGACUUGAAGACAAUGGGAUCUUUUUCUCUCUUUAUAUUUUUUGUCACCUUGCUUGUCCUUGGCAGACAGAAUGAAUAUUACUGUAGGUUAGACUUCUUGUGGAAGAACAAGUUCAAUAAAGAGCGGGAAGAAAUAGAGACCAUGGAGAACCUUAAUCGAGUAUUAUUGGAAAAUGUGCUUCCUGCACAUGUGGCUGAACACUUUCUAGCACGGAACCUUAAAAAUGAGGAGUUAUAUCAUCAGUCAUAUGACUGUGUUUGUGUAAUGUUUGCAUCUAUACCAGAUUUCAAGGAAUUUUAUACAGAAUCGGAUGUCAAUAAAGAAGGUCUGGAAUGUCUGAGAUUGCUAAAUGAGAUAAUCGCAGACUUCGAUGAUUUAUUGUCUAAACCAAAAUUCAGUGGUGUUGAAAAGAUCAAGACUAUAGGAAGCACUUACAUGGCAGCUACAGGACUUAGUGCAACUCCAAAUCAGGAAUACAGUCAGGAAACAGACAGACAGUACAUGCACAUAGGAACUAUGGUGGAGUUUGCUUUUGCACUUAUUGCAAAACUUGAUGUGAUAAACAAACAUUCAUUCAAUGACUUCAUGCUUAGAGUGGGUAUCAACCAUGGACCAGUCAUAGCUGGAGUUAUUGGAGCUCAAAAACCACAAUAUGACAUCUGGGGUAAUACUGUAAAUGUUGCAAGCAGAAUGGACAGCACAGGUGUUUUAGGUAAAAUACAGGUUACAGAGGAAACAUGUAAUGUUUUAUCAGCUCUGGGAUAUGUUUGCACUUGCAGGGGGAUUAUCAAUGUUAAAGGAAAAGGAGAGUUGAAAACAUAUUUUGUACAUACUGAAAUGACAAGAUCAUUGUCACAAGGCAAUGUGGCAUCAUGAGUGUUGGGAGAUAUUGAAAAAAAACAAUCCUCUUCAAUGUCUGCUACAGUAGUCUGGCAUUAAAACAGUAUUUGUUUACACCACUAUCACCUGCACCAUAUGGACGUGUUAACCAGUUGUGUCUCAUAACCAGUGACACAUUAGGAUCACCCAUUCUCCAUAACCUCCCUCAUAUUCUUUACGAGAGACUCUUAGGGCCAGUUUUGUACAAAAUGUAUCAAAUGUUUAAUUGUCAUUGUCUUUUGUAAAGUUAACUAAUUCAUUAAAAGUUUAUACUGUUUCAUAUUUAUUUCAGUGUUUAUAACCUAACUUUUAAUAAACUGAUUAUUUUUCACAA